CUCCCCUCCGCCUGGAAUCUGGAGGAUCUUCCUCAAUCCUCUUCCAACCAGCGAAAGGAACAUCACGAUUAGCCUCACCUGUUGAUUUCAACGUUUUUGGAGGGAAAGUUUAGAACUAAGGCAAGGGGGCAAGUGUGACCCUGUGUUCUGUCAUCCGUCUGGGUGAGUUUUCUUUGUAGGGUCUGGCCACUAUGGGAGAGGAGAGGGUCCUGAAGGAAUAACCGCACUCCUCUUUCUUUACCUCUGCUCCUUCUCUCUGGGAUGGAUUACAGAUCAUUGCCUGAGCUGACAGUCCUGCACUGCUGGAUGAGCUGCAGGAGAGACUGAGAGACGAAGAGAACGGCUGAAGCCACCUUACAGGGAAUCAACGGUUCAAACCGCUUAACGAGAACAGCUGAAACUCUGCUGGCUGGGGCAUCCAGAAGAAGGACCCGACCGUAGAGCUAUAUCUCCUCUCAGUAGUGUAUUUUCCUUGUGUAUAGGUAAGGAAUAUCCCUAGGUUGCCACCAUGGCACUAAUGGUGGUCAAGUUUGACCUGAAGAAGCGGGUGAAGCUAGCCCAGUUCCUAUGGCUGAUGUACUGGUUCUCAGUGAUGGCAGGCGUGCUCGUCUUCAGCAUGGGACUGUUCUUUAAGAUUGAGCUGCGUAAGCGCUCGGAGAUGAUGGACAACAACGAGAGCCACUUCGUUCCUAACUUACUAAUUGCCGUGGGGCUGCUGGCCUGUGGGAUCAACGCCAUGGGAGGCAAGAUCUGCUACGACUCCUUGGACCCUGUCAAGUUCUCCAGGUGGAAGCCUAUGCUCAAACCCUUCCUCGUCUCCUGUGUGGCUUUCAAUUGUCUCCUGGUGCUGACGGCUCUGCUCUGCUUCUUGAUGAGGAUCCCUCUCCAGUUCACGCUGGCCGAGGGCCUGAAGAACGCCCUGAGGUUCUACAAGGACACAGACACGCCGGGACGCUGCUACAUGAAGAGGACUUUGGACCAGAUGCAGAUUGAGUUCCGUUGCUGCGGCAACAACAACUUCAGGGACUGGUUCGAGAUCCAGUGGGUCAGCAACCGCUACCUGGACUUCAGCGCCAAGGAAGUUAAAGAUCGUAUCGGCAGCAACGUGGAUGGGAAGUACCUGAUGGAUGCUGUUCCAUUCAGCUGCUGUAACCCCGGCUCCCCUCGGCCCUGCAUCCAGUACCAGGUGACCAACAACACGGCCCACUACUCCUACGACCACCACACUGAGGACCUGAACAUCUGGAAACGGGGCUGCCGCGACGCACUGAUAUCCUACUACGGAGGCAUGAUGAACAGCAUAGGAGCCCUGGUGCUACUGGUCGCUAUUCUGGAGGUUAUUGUGAUGAUCGGCCUCCAGUACGUGAACACCUCCCAGUGCAACCUGGCCAACCCAGAAGACCCAGAGAGUGAAAGCGAAGGCUGGAUCCUGGAGAAGACGGUGAAGGAGACGUUUACUGACAUCAUGGACAAGAUGAAAGCCAUGAGCAAGGGUAACGCAGUGGAGGAGGGCGGAGUGGAUGGUGUUGCCACGGUGAGCUGAUCACGAUAUGCCCACACAAACUGAGACCACUCCCACCAAAGGGAAGAGAGGAAGAUUGACUACCUCCUUUGCAUUUAUGACACAACAUACAGACAUACACAAAUAUGCGCACAACACACGUUUCUGGCCAUCUGAAGGGAAAACUAAAAUGGACAGAUCCUGAGUACAUGCCAGCACAUAGGAUAUUUUGAAUAUAUGAAUGUAUGUGUAAGUUAUAUUAUAACCAAUUGAUAUUUUGACUUUCCAAUAUGCCCCCCACACACACACACACACACUCACACACACACUCACAAUACACUUUUUCUAAACCUUUUCAACGCACACACUCCCUCCAACCCCAGCUUUGUUAAUCUUCCAAGCAGUUCCCAUUUGAUGGGAUACUCUCUGUGUGUUUUCUAACAUUCUGUAUAUUUCUGCUCUAUUUCAUGUUCAUAUUUUACAACUUUAUUUGUACCCCUUUUUUACAAAAUGAGUGGAAAAACAUCAAAACACUAUCCACUGUCAUGAAAAUGCAUAAUGUCAGAUAUUUGCAUUGUAUUGAGAAUAUUAUAUAUAUAUAUUAACAGGUUAAGAGUAAGGUCAGGAGAGCAGGUAUGUUGCGUUUUAAGGAUGGUGUGGGACUGGUGGUUGCUACGCGACCCUCCAGCCCAGAAAGGAGGUUAAAGUGGAAAUGUUAAUUCAUCGCCCAAGGAGCAGAGAGUUUUAUCUUAAAAUAUUUGGACCCACCUGUAGAGCACUUUUUAUAUUAGCAAAUUCCAAAGAAAUGGACUGAAACACCUCAGACAUCACCUCUUUAAAGUCCUUCCUCUCCUACCAUUACCUUGAGGGAUGGAGGUGGGCUGGAAACUCCUGGGGUAGGGGAGGUGGAAACAUUUCAACUUAACCUGGUGGUGUUGAAGUUUGGGGUGCGCUGCUGGAGGAUUGGAGGGGCUAUAGGAGACGAGGCGCGGGGGAAAGUGGCAGAGGUGAACCAGGGGUGACCCCAAAACUUGAGGACAUUUGAGAUUGGCAGCUAAACCCCUGAUCUCCAACCCCUGAACUCUGACCCCAGCCCCUGCUCUGUGACAUCACUCAGCAUGUCCAAUCAGCAUUUCUCUUAUUGGACCGUCGAGAGUUACUGUAUAUAUCACACUCACUAAGUUCCUGUACAUACCUCACUCAUAGGCCAACGCCCGUGCUACUGUUAUCUUUGUAAAUAGUCUAGUAUUGAUACAUAACUUUUUUUAAACAAUGUAAUUAAUAUAAAUUAUUUUAUUUACUUUAAAGAAAAUGUGUUUUGCCAUGGGAAAUCAAUCUGGUUUUCUUUCUGUAUGUUGUGUAGAAAGAUGAUAAGACCAUUGUGUAAAUUUGAAUAAAGGAAGUUAGCCCCGUGAA